AUGGCGUGCUCAGUGCUGUUCGUGAGCGUGCUCGUCCUGGGCGCCUCGGGUGCGCCCGCGCACAGCCUGCGCGGGUCGGGCCGCGAUGCGACGGGGGGGAAGUGCUGCUUCAACGGGUGCGGCGACGAGGAGUCGUGCGUGACGGGCUACUGCGGCUCGCGGGAGCUGUGCCUGAAGCCUCAGCCCGAUGGCGGCUGCGACUCGUCCCCGCCUCAUGGCCACGGGGCCAAGCCCAGCUGGUGCCCGCCCGCGGCUCCGCAGCAGUUCUCUUCCACGGCCCCGGCCGCCGAGAAUGCGACGGGGGGGAAGUGCUGCUUCAACGGGUGCGGCGACGAGGAGUCGUGCGUGACGGGCUACUGCGGCUCGCGGGAGCUGUGCCUGAAGCCUCAGCCCGAUGGCGGCUGCGACUCGUCCCCGCCUCAUGGCUACGGGGCCAAGCCCAGCUGGUGCCCGGCCGCGGCUCCGCAGCAGCUCUCGUCCACGGCCCCGGCCGCCGAGAAUGCGACGGGGGGGAAGUGCUGCUUCAACGGGUGCGGCGACGAAGACUCGUGCGUGACGGGCUACUGCGGCUCGCGGGAGCUGUGCCUGAAGCCUCAGCCCGAUGGCGGCUGCGACUCGUCCCCGCCUCACGGCCACGGGGCCAAGCCCAGCUGGUGCCCGAAUGCGACGGGGGGGAAGUGCUGCUUCAACGGGUGCGGCGACGAGGACUCGUGCGUGACGGGCUACUGCGGCUCGCGGGAGCUGUGCCUGAAGCCUCAGCCCGAUGGCGGCUGCGACUCGUCCCCGCCUCAUGGCCACGGGGCCAAGCCCAGCUGGUGCCCGGCCGCGGCUCCGCAGCAGCUCUCCUCCACGGCCCCGGCCGCCGAGAAUGCGACGGGGGGGAAGUGCUGCUUCAACGGGUGCGGCGACGAGGAGUCGUGCGUGACGGGCUACUGCGGCUCGCGGGAGCUGUGCCUGAAGCCUCAGCCCGAUGGCGGCUGCGACUCGUCCCCGCCUCAUGGCCACGGGGCCAAGCCCAGCUGGUGCCCGGCCACCAGCGUGCCAGUCUUGGCUCAAGUUGCUUGUGGCUCGUGGCACCAGGAGGCCUGUCGGGGACAACCUGGCAGGGGUAAUUAUGGCGUGCUCAGUGCUGUUCGUGAGCGUGUUCGUCCUGGGCGCCUCGGGUGCUCCCGCGCACAGCCUGCGCGGGUCGGGCCGCGAUGCGACGGGGGGGAAGUGCUGCUUCAACGGGUGCGGCGACGAGGACUCGUGCGUGACGGGCUACUGCGGCUCGCGGGAGCUGUGCCUGAAGCCUCAGCCCGAUGGCGGCUGCGACUCGUCCCCGCCUCAUGGCCACGGGGCCAAGCCCAGCUGGUGCCCGGCCGCGGCUCCGCAGCAGCUCUCGUCCACGGCCCCGGCCGCCGAGAAUGCGACGGGGGGGAAGUGCUGCUUCAACGGGUGCGGCGACGAGGACUCGUGCGUGACGGGCUACUGCGGCUCGCGGGAGCUGUGCCUGAAGCCUCAGCCCGAUGGCGGCUGCGACUCGUCCCCGCCUCAUGGCCAUGGGGCCAAGCCCAACUGGUGCCCGGCCGCGGCUCCGCAGCAGCUCUC